GGAUCUGAGCCGUUUUGUGUGAUCGAUCGACGGAUGGCUUCCUGGUUUGCUAAUCCUCUCCAUUUCAAACCUGUCCCCUUGUUUCGUCCUGUAGCAGUAGUUUCUUGUCGUUGCACUAAAACGGAGUAUAAUCAUUUUUUUGAAAGGCAAAACAAGAAUAAGCUAAAGCUAGAAGGCAGAUGCAAGGAGGAUACCUUUUAUCUUGUCAAAAAAAUUUACAGGGGAGCGUUUCAUCCUCGACUCUCAGCAACUAAAAAUCUGGCUCGUUUACUAAGCGGGCUGGAUGAGGAAUUCCAUUAUCCAGUCAGCAGUAAAUCUCUGAGGUGGAAUGUGAUGGAGGAUGCUAAAGCCCUGUACCUAGUCCGCGACAUGUAUGAUUGUACUGGAACUGUACCGGUGGAUGAAUAUACUGCUUAUCAAUGUAAUAGCGGACCAUCACGUGUCUUUGGUUGUGUGCGUGUAUACGAGUGGAUGGAUUUGAUUCGUAUCGUUGUAGGAAAAGAAGGCCCUACUCCUGUGGUCAAGUAUGGAGGGUUCUUGAUCGACAUUGAGUUACCGGAAGAUAUAUUCAUACAUGACUGCCAAAAAAGACCUAUGAAUGUGAAGAAUGAAGCAUUGAAGAUAGCUAUCCCUAAACAUGAAAAUAAGUGGAUUCAUACAAUCACUACCAGAGGAAAUAUAUUUGAAGAAUUGAAGAUGUAUAAAUGCCUCUUCAAAUAUAUAUUUUAUAAUAAAAUGAAUUAUUAGUGUUAUGUUCUCGUAUGUAUACACGGAUACUACUAAAUAAUAAUUUGGUACCCGCACGUUGUGGCGGAUAUUAUUGAUAGAGUUUCGAUUGUUGUAAUCUUAAAUCUUUUAAUAUCUUUAAU